UCGAUAUUCAUUCAUACAGACCUGAAGCCUGCUGGAGUGAGAGGCCACUUAAACUUCGCCAAAGCAGGACAUUAGCUUUCAUCUAAGGGCUGGACUUCCUCUGAGUGUAUAUAUAUAUAUAACCCUGAGCUUCCUUACACUCCCGCCUUGCUCAGUGUCUCUCAGGGACUCUCUGCCUGCUCUCCCUCUGCGGCCUCCUCCUUUGUGCUGACUAGCCUCUGCACUCACAACAACCAGGAACCAUGGCCCAGCAACAGCAGAUUAGCCUCCCAGCCAAACUGAUCAAUGGAGGGAUUGCAGGCAUGGUGGGAGUCACCUGUGUGUUUCCAAUUGACCUGGCCAAGACCCGCCUUCAGAACCAGCGCAGCGGGCAACAACUCUACAAAAAUAUGAUGGAUUGCCUUAUAAAGACAGUUAAAUCUGAAGGCUACUUUGGCAUGUACAGAGGUGCUGCAGUAAAUCUCACCCUGGUAACCCCCGAGAAGGCCAUCAAGCUAGCUGCUAAUGACUUCUUCCGCCAACAGCUGAGCAAAGAUGGCAAGUUGACAGUGUUCAAGGAGAUGUUGGCAGGAUGCUGUGCAGGAAUGUGUCAGGUCAUUAUCACCACACCCAUGGAGAUGCUCAAGAUCCAGUUGCAGGAUGCUGGAAGGCUAGUGGCCCAGCAGAGGGGGGUGCCUAGUGGCGUAUCGGCUCUGAAAAUCGGUGGGACCAGUGCUGUUCUUAGCCGUUCCUACAACACCAGCCCUGCACCUCAAAUCAUGCGAGUGUCUGCCACACAGAUCACCAGAGAGCUGCUGAGGACCAAAGGAGUCAAAGGACUGUACCGGGGACUCGGAGCAACAUUGAUGAGGGACAUCCCAUUCUCCGUCGUGUACUUCCCUCUUUUUGCACAUCUGCACCAUCUCGGCCGGCGUUCCCCUGAAGACCCUGCUGUGCCCUUCUAUUGGUCCUUCAUGUCUGGAUGCCUAGCUGGAUGCAUUGCUGCUGUCACUGUCAGCCCUUUUGACGUGGUAAAGACCAGGCUACAGUCACUCAAGAAAGGAGCUAAUGAGGAAACCUACAAUGGCGUGGUGGACUGUAUCAGAAAGAUCCUGAGAAAGGAGGGUCCCGGAGCGUUCCUGAAAGGGGCAAGUUGCCGGGCCCUUGUUAUUGCCCCACUCUUUGGAAUUGCACAGGUUGUGUACGUUGUCGGAGUUGGAGAGUACCUGCUAGGGUGCACACCCUAAACCAUCUACUCUGCAUAAACAAGCUGUUUUCUAGUCUUCUUUAUGCCACCUCAUUAAAUUACAGGCAGCUAUGCCCUGGCAUAGCGAUGGACCCAGCUCUCUGUUACUGUGUACCUUCUUUAUUGUUGGAGGAUGUUAAAAGUGAAAUGGACCUGAAAAAUGCCAUUUAAAUCCAAACUGGUUUAAAAGUAUGCCUUUAGCUUGCCUGCUUGUAUGGCCUUCAGUGGAGCUUAUUGCAAAAACAGAAUAGCUUUCUUCACUAACAAUCUUGACGGCCCAACAUUGACCACCUAUUCAAUCAGAUCAGAGUUGACUCCAGUCUUUUGACCUUAACUGAAACACUUACUCGGAUAUUCCCUUCAACUGUCUUGUCUUAAAGACACGGUGUGAUGGCUGUAGCACGGUGUUGCAAAAGAGACCUUACAAUGCAAGGGAGCCAAUACUAAGUAAUGACAAAGGCAGAAUAUUGAAAUGUCACUUGAAUAGUUUCAAUCCUGUUUUAAAGGGAUUCAUGUGUAACUGGAUCAUGGAUGUAGCACCCUGUCUAUGAAUAUAGUGGCAAAUGACUUGUAUUGUCUGGUGGACUGUCCACCAGUAUGCCAUACAGAAUCCUGCGUAAUAUUACUUUCUGUUACAUUGAAAGAGAGAUUGGUAGAGAUGUUUGGGUUCUUUACAGAGUGCUGUUGGCAAUCUCUCUGUGGAUGUCAACACAACAACCCGUUGACUGUGGUUGUCUGUUACUGGUCAGGUUUUGGUGUAAGAGAUACAGGAGCCCACAUGACUGAGUUAUGGUUGUCAUUCAGAAGCAGAACAGAGUCGAGCUAGAAAAAGUCCUUGGUCGAAGUACUUUUAACAGUUUGUAUGAUUGUAAAUAGCUAUCCUGUUUAUUUUUUUCUUGAACUGUGAAAAGCUAAACUCGAAUUGAGAGCAGUUCUAACUUUUCAACAUGUUGAAAGUGUUUCAAUCAGUUGAAGAUAAUUAUUUAUUUUUUAUACUUUAAAAUGUCAUGUAAAUACACAUUUCUAAAUGCUGAAUAAAUAUGUAUGAAUUCUGUGUUUACA